AGCCAGCUGUCCGAGAGGAAGGAUCUGCUCGGCGGCUCUGCGGGCUGAAGAUGGCGGACGGAGAGAACAGUCUCGGAACGGCCUUUUCAGGCGCCUCCGAUAUGGAUGAACCAGCCGCGAAAAGGUCCAAAAUAAGUCCGGUGACCAGCUCCGGAUCUAAGGUCGCCAAAACAGAUCCACUCCCGUUGGUCUCCGGGGCCACAGACGGCUGGGAGGCAGCGGCGGAUUGUGCGCAGGCAGCGGAGAAGGAAGCGGCGCCGGUGAUGGCGGUAGAGCAGGCCCCGGCGGCGCAAGGCGGAGACAACAAUGGACUGGGACUGCCGGGCUCCGAGCCGCACAGACCGGCGGAGAAACAAGACGACAGCGCCGUGUUCGGGACAGCCGAGGAGGGUGUCGAGUUCGUCGGACACCAUGAGCUUCCCUCCAACGGCCUGGCUGUCACCCCGGAACACAUCGAGGAGGAUGACCGGUCCUCACACGCCAGUUCCAGCGACUGGACCCCGCAGCCGCAGAUAGGUUCCUACAGCUUCAUCCAGCAGCACAUCAGAGAGACUGAUCCUAGGACCAUCCUGAGGGAUCUGCUGCCGGAGACUGUGCUCCCACCUGAUCUAGACGACAUGACGCUGUGGCAGAUCAUCAUCAACAUCUCAGAACCACCCAAAAGAAAGAAACGGAAGGACAUCAACACCCUGGAGGACGUGGUCAGGCUACUUCAUGAAAGUAAACGGAUCCUGGUUCUGACCGGCGCUGGGGUGUCUGUUUCAUGUGGAAUACCAGACUUUCGCUCCAGAGAUGGAAUUUAUGCACGACUCGCUGUAGAUUUCCCUGAUCUUCCAGACCCUCAAGCUAUGUUUGACAUCGAAUACUUCAGACGGGACCCGAGGCCCUUCUUCAAGUUCGCAAAGGAGAUCUACCCUGGUCAGUUCCAGCCUUCGCCCUGUCAUAGGUUCAUAUCGAUGCUGGAUAAACAGGGGAAGCUGCUGCGUAAUUACACACAAAACAUAGACACCUUAGAACAAGUGGCUGGAGUUCAGAGGAUUAUUCAAUGUCAUGGUUCUUUUGCUACUGCGUCCUGUCUCAUCUGUAAAUACAAAGUGGAUUGUGAAGCUAUAAGGGAAGACAUCUUUAACCAGGUUGUCCCUCAUUGUCCGCGGUGUCAAGAUAUUCCUUUGGCCAUCAUGAAGCCUGACAUCGUCUUCUUUGGAGAGAAUCUUCCAGAAAUGUUCCACAGAGCUAUGAAGCAGGACAAAGACGAGGUGGAUCUCCUGAUAGUCAUCGGCUCGUCUCUUAAAGUUCGACCAGUUGCCCUCAUCCCAAACUCCAUUCCUCAUGAAGUGCCUCAGGUCCUGAUCAAUAGGGAGCAGCUGCCUCACCUCAACUUCGACGUGGAGCUACUAGGGGAUUGUGACGUCAUCGUCAACGAGCUCUGUCAUCGAUUGAGUGGAGACUUUGAGCAGCUCUGCUACAACACUAUAAGACUCACAGAGAUCACAGAGAAACCCCCACGGUUAACGGAACAGCCACCAAACGAGGCCUUGUCUGCUUCCAGCGAUGCAGCACAUGAGGAGCAGAAGCAGCACAGUACAGACUCAGUAAUUAAGCCUUCAGAGGAGACAGAACGUCUGAAUGUCACAGAGACUGCUGGUAAUAACAUUACACCGCCAGAGCCUUGUCCAAACGCCCAGUGUCCCAGCGCAGAGACGGCAGAGCCUUCAGAGCCUUUAGAGUUACCAGCAGAAGACGCACCAAAAGAAGAGAGCGCCGAAGUCAAGAGCCAAACCUCCAACCUUGAAUUCAGAAGACGAUGCUGGAUGAGUCGAAUCAACAGGAGUCCGAUUAGCAAACGCCUUGAGAACGGCCAGUACCUGUUUCAAGCUCCGAAUCACUACAUCUUCCAUGGGGCCGAGGUUUAUUCCGACACCGAGGACGAGACAUCGAGUUCUUGCAGCAGCGACAGCGACGAGUCCGAAUGCAGCGCAGACGGCGUUGAAGACGACAGCGAGCUGGAGGAGACGAGUCUGCUGGCGGCGGACGGCGAGACACACCUCAGAGACACAGUACAACAUGUUUCAGCCAAUGAGGCCACAUUGAAUGCGCAGACAGACAGUACUUCAGAAAUGACUCAAAGCACCACACACCUUUAAAUGUACCCAGUCGACAAAGCACUAAUUGUCUUUUUUAUAUAAAUAUAUAUAUAUGUUUCGUAUAUUUUUGACUCAUCGACCUUACUAUUAUUUUUCAUAAAGUUGAAAUUGCUUGACAA